AUGAAGAUGCUGUUGCCAUCUGACUUCCAGACCUUGCAAGUCACUGCUGAACAUUUGGAUGGGAGAUCAAUUCAUCUUGGAACAACCUGUUCGGGGACUGACAUCGGUGUCACUGCUGUGAAGAGCAUGCUGAAGAAGCUAAAUCGUACUUUUGGUGUGAAGAUUGGCCUCGUGCAUACUUUUAGCUGUGAACUCGAUCCAGACAAACGUCAAUACAUUCUGGACGCUUUCGAUGAAGUGCAACACGUUUUCGAUGACGUUCGAUCAUUCUCCAGUGGCUCAGCCUGGUGCUACGUGUGCGGCAAGACGCACAGCACAUCGAAUCUGCCUUUGGACCUCCUUCUGUGUGGGCCAUCAUGCAAAGAUGUGAGCACGGAAAAUCCGGGCCGGGCAUCCUAUGGAGGGUGCUACUCGGAUGGUGACAAGGAUGAAGAUGGCACUUCGGGACCUACUUACAAGCAUGGUUUUCGCGGAGUGGUCCAGAUCCUACAGCCUAUUGCCGCAAUUUACGAGAAUGUGCAAGGAGCUGCUCAGUGCACCAAGUCGAAAGACAAGAAGACGACGCACCCACCAGCUGUGGAGGUUGUGCAGGAGGAUAUGGAAAUGCUGGGAUAUGAGUUUGUCUGGACUGUUCUCGAUUCUCAAAAAUUUCUCCUACGGCAACGGAGGAAUAGAGUUUGGGGAUGUGCUCAACUGAAUGUCGGCAUUGACAAGGGCAUCUACGCUGAUACCUUUCAUCGGGUCCUAGCUAGCUUGCAAUCGGAUGUUCACUUCACCAUGGAAGCCAGCUUCAAGCAGGGAUUGCCAAGGGUUCCAGCGAGCACGGAACGGGAGAAAGAACUUCUGGAAAGGUCUUUGCGUCACUACCAAGCAUCUGGAAGCGACAAUGUAUUCUUCGAUGCUUCCACUUCCGUGUCCAGAAGUGAAUCACAGAUCGAGUGUGCGCUGGAUGUGGCGACGUGUGUGCGUCCAACACAUGGCAUUUAUUCUGUCAGACUUGGCCGGUAUCUACAUGCAGAGGAGCUGCUGGCUUGCCAAGGCAUUUGGCGAGUUGACAGUGAAAACAUGCAGGUUUGGGAUGCAAUGGUGAAGCGUGAGAAAUUUGCACAAAACAUGGCUGGCAACAGCUUCAGUGCAACAGUUUGCCAAGCGAAUUUCCUUACGUGCUUGAUUGCAUGUGAUGGUUGGCGAGAGCUGCAACCUGCCACUCCUGGGACUGCCGCUACUGGGAAUGCGAAAAGACAGAAAAUUGGUUGCCGCCAAGAUGUUGGGGAUACUGCUGGUACUCCUAGUGCUACAGCAGAGACUAGCAAGUCACAGCCUCUUUUGGAAAAAAAAGAAGAUGCCAAGAAGACGGCGUGCUUGUCAGGUUCGCAAACCAUCCCGACAAGGAGACUUCGACGGAAGACAACAUUGGCACAACAGUGGACUCUAGUUUGCAGCACUGCUCCAGCACUCAUGAAAAAGUACAAGGAAAUCCCCAAUAGCCUUCGAUCAUUCAUGCGCAUUCCCAAGCUGAAAUACCAGCCCAAGAUGACGACAGCUGUCGAACAGAUCCAUUUGCCGCUACCAUUACAAAUGGUGGUAGAGGACAUGGUGAUGGAGCGGAUCGGUUUGGGCGAAGAGGUGACUGUACAAUACGUCAAGUCAACUUUGGUGAUGUGCUGUGAAAUGUGGAACACUGUUGUCGAUUCCAUGAAGUUGUCACUGAGGGACAGGGCACUGGCAAUGAUUAGAGAACAAGAUGCAGAGCUCGCCGCAUUGAACCCACAGGAGCUAGAUCAGAAGCUGAAUGAAUUCAUGACACGUACGCAAAGACUGCUUGCACCCAUUCGCGUGUCAGAGAACGAUGCAACAUUGGUCUGGAGCACUGUGUUUAGACCUCAGCGUCGCACCUUGCAGAAGGUUGCUUGCUUGAAAGGUGUACAAGCAGACCCUGUUGCAAAGUCUCUCUACCUGAGACAGAUCAGGACGAUCACCACAUUGAGUUUCAUCGACGGAACGGUUGGUCGCGGAUAUAUCACCUUCCGUGAAGGUGGGAUCUCGCAAGCUACUCGGGACAAGGUGAACCAUAAGUUUGGUCAAUACCUUCACGUUGCACAAACGCAUCAUUUGGAUAUCCUGGUUCCAGCGAGGAUAUGUGACAUCGAGCAGGUCAAAGUCGCUUUGCAGAGGUGCAGAGGAAGCAUGACGAACCUCAUGGAUCUUGAUGAGCUUGUUGAGUUUGAUGGGGAAGAGACGCAGGCUGGUGAGAUAUCCUUCGUUUGGGCCAUUCAGGGCAAUGAUGCUGCAGAGCCUGAGUCCACACGGGUUUCACUUCCUUCUUGGGUGAGUACAAUUCUGGAACUUCGCAUCUGCAAGUUUGUUUCGGAGCAUGACAAAUGGCAGAUGGCAAUCAACAAAAGAGCUGCAUCAGGUCAUGAACUCACCAAAAAACAGAAAGAAAAGUACGAUAUUUGGCUGGCUAGCAAUGUGCAGAGACUGGUAUUCAACAAGAAGCGCCGAUGCUACGUCUCUGAGUCGCGCCAGAUCACCAAGGAUUGCAUUGUCUUGCAAUUAGAGUUGAGUGAGACCCCGGCAGAUUUGCUUUUGUCCUCUGGCUCUUCUGACAAGAAGUUUCAACUGGUCCUUCUCAAGCAUGAUGCGAUUGGUAGCACAUCGAAAUUGCCCGACGUCUUGGACCAGCCAGUGUCUGAGGAAAUUCUGCUGAUUGCGGCUGCAGAACAGACAAAGGAAGACGAACAAGAUCAACAAGAAGAUUUGGGCGAAGAUCAAGUACACGAGUUGGAAGAUGAAAAAUUUGCAGCUGAGUAUCCGAAUGCAGGACACGACGAUGAAUCACAUACUUUCAUGGUUCUGGCAGAUUCCGACGAUGAGGAUGAUGACAUUCCAGAAAUCCCAGGAACACAGACUACAAGGAUGAAAACCUUUCAUCUUCGAGACGCCUGGGUUCGUCUGGAGAAACUCAAUCUUACAGAAAUGCCUCGACACGUCAAAGGAUGUUUCAUCGGAUGCCACCAGACAUCAAGGCAAUGGCAAGGAUUUUAUCCGGGAUCAAAGAUCACCAUGUCCUGUGUUUGGGGAGGUAAAACCAAGCGUACGGAGGAAGAAGCAAUCUUGCGUGCAAUUCGAGGGGUCUUGGAGUCCCAUUUGCAUGCUCAGCCCAAAGACAAGCUUUGGGCAAAGCAAUUGGCAAAGUUGAAGGAGGCGGAGGCGACACAAUCGUUCUAG